CGUAAACGAACCUGUCAAUAUCAGACACCAAGUAAUGGACCUUUUGUCCCCAAUGAUAACGCCGUAUCCACUGCAAGUCAUCAACCAAACUUAUUAAGUUCAUCCUGAUCCGGUUCCUUGGGACCUCCUCUUCCGCCUUGGCUCACCUUGUUUUAAUCGUAUUCAGCCUGUUCUUGACUUGUCUUUUCCCCAUUACCAUGUCUGUCCUGACUCAAAACACUGAAUCAGAUCAGUCUGUGCGGGUCUGACCGCGGAACUUACGUACGAAUCUGAAGCACAGCUCGGGCAGUGACAUAAAACUGGGCUGAAGUUCCCUUGCAGACGAUCUUUUCUAGCCCUGCAACUACAUAUCAGUCCACCCUCUCCCACCCAAUCCCCAGAUCCAUCUGUUUUUCAAUCAUCUUGCUUUUUACGAUGCGGCUACCGCGUGGGGCUAUCUUCGCUUGCCUUGCGGCUCUGCCUCUGGCUUUUGCUCAACAAGAGUCUUCUUCUGCUGCUGCUUCUGCUUUGUCUGCGUUACCGGAAUGUGCUGCAAACUGUUUCGUGUCGGCCGUUGAGCGAUCGACAUGUGAACUUACAGACCAGAAGUGCAUGUGCACUAAUGCCGCACUACAACAAGACAUCGAAGGCUGCGUCAUGCGCGCAUGUACAAUUCCACAGGCCCUUAGCACGAAAAAUGCUACUCUCACAGCAUGUGGCGCUCCAAUCAGAGACCACUCACCCCAAUUCAUAGUCCUCAAUGAAGUCAUGGCCAUCAUAACAGGAAUCUUCAUCAUCCAACGCUUCGGCACAAAGCUCUACUGGAAGCUCCCCCUCGGCCUUGACGAUCUCUUCAUCGCACUGACAAUGUGUGUCGCCAUUCCUUCCAUCGUCAUCAACUCUCGUGGUCUCGCUCCCAACGGCAUGGGUCGCGACAUCUGGACUGUUACACCUGAUCAGAUCACCCAGUUCGGAAUGUUCUUCUACACCAUGGCCAUCAUGUACUUCUCACUGCAAACGUUUCUGAAGCUGUCUAUGCUGUUCUUCUACCUGAGAAUCUUUCCGACGCAGAAUGUCAGGAGGUUACUUUGGGGGACUGUUGCGUUCACGGUUGUCUUUGGGCUGGUGUUUAUUUUCGUGGCCAUCUUCCAGUGUCGGCCUGUCAACUACUUCUGGCUGAAGUGGGAUGGACAACAUGAAGGCAAAUGUGCCGAUAUCAACGCGGUUACUUGGUCAAAUGCCGCUAUCAACAUCGCCCUCGACGUUUGGAUCAUUGGCAUUCCCUUAUCUCAACUCAAGUCACUAAACUUGGAUUGGCGAAAGAAGAUCGGUGUUGGCAUGAUGUUCAGCGUCGGUAUCUUUGUCACAAUCAUGAGUAUUCUUCGUCUUCACGCCACUGUUCAAGCCGGCGUCAAAACCUCCAACGCAACCUGGGAAUACCUCGCUGUAUCAAAAUGGUCCACCAUCGAAGGCAACGUCGGUAUCAUCUGCGCCUGCAUGCCGUCCCUCCGAAUUCUUCUCGUCCGCCUAUUCCCCAAGAUUCUUGGUACUUCCCAACGCUACUACAACUACGGCAGCAAGAGCAACAAGCAAACGCCUGGAAACACUCACAAUCGCAGUGUUCCUCUUGGAACAAAUGCUACUUCUCAAGCGGAUCGAUCACAAAGACGGGUCGACCCCGUGGGCAUUGAAUGUCAUAGGACAUAUGAGGUGGAAUAUGGAGACAAUGAUGAGACAUACUUGGUUCAUAUGAAGGAUAUGGAUCAUAAGAGUGCGAGGAAGUCAAAGUUGGGCGACCGCCAUUUUGAGGCAUCGAAGCCAUGGGAGCAGGAAAAAGUUGAAGUCACACCCUGGAGACCUAUCUUCAAUCACAUUCGCUACCAAACUCUCGGGGCUACAAGGAUCCAUCAUUAA